AUGCGAGGCGCACGUGUUAUUGUUUUUGUGAUUUGUUACCUGUUUUCUAUAAAUGUUUUUGCCAAGAGAUUUGAAACCCGAUGUAAGCUUGUUCGCGAGUUGUUAAAAGUUGGAAUGCACAAUGAUAUAUUUCUUGGACAAUGGGUUUGUUUAAUAGAAAAAGUUAGUAACCGAGACACUAAAGCAUUUGUUGUUACCCCCAGUGGAAGGAAAAACUAUGGAUUGUUUCAGAUACCUAGCCGAUGGAGCAGAGAAGGCAAAAGAGGAGGUGAAUGUAAUACUACUUGUGAAUCUCUGUUAGAUGAUGAUAUUCGGAACGAUACAGCCUGUGCUCUGAACAUUUUUCUUCGCGAAGGAUUUAAAUACUGGACACAGUGGGAAAUAAGAUGCAAAAAUGACAAUCAUAUAUCAAAAGAAAUUCACAAGUGUCCAGAUUUAAUGUCACAUACACUUAGCACAAACCGCAGCCUAUUAAGACAUAACUUAAGAACACUAUAUAAUAGGAUGAAAUAG